CUCGUUUGUCCGAAGUCCAUCUCCGAAGCGAGGUGCGGCCAGUCGCCAACGUUCCAAGCCCAUAACUACAGCCCCGAAAAACAAAAUCCCAAAUGCAUCUCCACGACCCCACAGACCAGUCCACAGCGGCACAACAACUCAGCAAGGACGCAGGGCGCUGAUCGGCAGUCGACUCCGCCACUCUGCGACUCGGCCUCCCCAGGCCCCACCUGUUCCAUUUCCUUCAUCAUCCAGAUCUCUUAUCAAGAUUGAAGUUCGUUUUGGUUUACUUGCUUGGUGCUCCCUCCCGUCAAGGGCGAAGAGAAGUUGUGAGAGCGGAAGUGCAAAAUGCAUUCUGCCGGGUUCAGAGCCAAUGCGUUGCUAACGUUCGCCGUCACCAUCCUGGCGCUAAUGUGUGCCAUCGCCUCUUUCUCCGACACUUUCAACUCUCCCACUCCCAUAGCCCAAGUCGAGGUAUUGAAUAUCAAUUGGUUCCAGAAAAAACCCGACGGCGAUGACGAGAUCAGUUUGACACUGAAUGUAUCGGCAGAUUUGCAGUCGCUGUUUACCUGGAAUACAAAACAGGUUUUUGUGUUUUUGGCAGCUGAAUAUGAAACCCCAAAGAAUGCCCUGAAUCAGGUUUCAUUGUGGGAUGGUAUUAUAACUGCUCAAGAGCAUGCAAAAUUUUGGAUCCACACAAAAAAUAAGUACAGAUUCAUCGAUCAGGGAAGCAAUCUCCGUGGUAAAAGUUUCAACCUUACAUUGCAUUGGCAUGUUAUGCCGAAGACUGGCAGAAUGCUCGCUGACAAGCUUGUUAUUCCUGGCUUCUUUUUGCCAGAGACAUACAGAUGAGUCUGGUCAUUUUUAAUGUAAUUUUUAGACCCAUCACUUGAUGGAAUGUGGACAGUUUCCAAGACACUGUUGGAAAGAAAGGUUAAAGGAUGUUCAACAACAGAACUUCAUCGGCUAUCAUAUCAUGACAAUUAAAAUGCUGCAUUUUAGUCUUGUUUGGUUUGGGGAUUUCAGAGGAAGGGCUGGAACGGUUAAAUCAGUUCCACUAAUUUAUCUAUAUUGCAUUCUAUAUUGCAUUUAUUAGUGUUAUAUGAGAAAAAGGAAAAGAAAUAUCCACUUGAUUAA